GCUCUUUUCGUUUGCAGUUUGAGUUUGAGCUCUUGCUUGCUUCGAUUCUCGUAGCCUUUCAUUUUGAAGAUACUCUGUGAGAGCACUUUCGGAUAUAGUAUCAAACCUGCCUCGGUGCAGUUGUGCGUGUUCAGUAUCUUCGCCACUCGCCGGGAACAAUGUUGAAAGGGCAAACGCGUUCUGCCCCGUCUGGGAGUGCGGAGUGUACAGCAGCCCAGUUGAAGGCUGCUGAAGCUGACUUUAAAGAUGGAUGCUUGACGGAGAAGGGUUUCGUGAAGAAGAAGUGGAACUUGCUUGAGUCUCACCUUGGGCCUGCCCAGAAGAAACGAUUGUCCCAGCUUCAAUCUGAUUUUGACGGUGGUGACCUUGGAGAGAGCUCCUUCUUGACCACUGCGAAGGAAGUACUAGGCCAGGCUGAAGAAACAGUGUUUGGUGGUGCCACGUCUUCCAAAGCAGCCGAAGCAGAAACAGAGGAAGCUCCUGCUAAACUCUUGCCAACAAAACGAACUUCAGAUGCCAGUAGCCCUGAAGCCAGUCCAGCUGCAAAACGCACGCGUGUUCGUUCGCGCGGGCGCGCCAAGUCUUCCACGUCCACCCCAACUCGUCAGAGCAGUCGGCGGCGACGUGUGGUCGACAACAGCCAGUCUGGAAGCAGCUCACAAGAUGACAGCACUGUACCAGAAGCAGAUGACUCUGUCCCACCAGCUGCCGAGGUGAAAGAGGCGCUAUCUCCCAUUGAAGAAAAGAUGGACACCUCGGAUAGUCCGGUUGUGGUUGAGAAGGAUAGCAAGCCUCAGGUUGUAGACAGUGAAGUCACGCAGGCUGAUACUGAGAAGCCUGAUGCCGACACUUUAAAACCGGAGGCAGCGGAUGAUUCAGAUACUCGCUCCCAAGCCAGCCAGGAUGAGGGUCCUGCUAGAUGUCCAGACUGCCAUCAGCUCCUGGACAGCCCAACGCUGAAGACGUAUGGUGGCGAUCCAGACAAUGCAGUGGACGAAUUUGUUGCCCUGGCAGAUCCGCAGCUGUGUGUGUUUGAAGACGAUGGCGGUCAAGAAGACAUCAAUGAAACGCCAAGUCACAGGCUGACAGAUUUCACUGUCUAUGACAAGCAGGGCCAUGUCUGUCCAUUUGACGGUGGUCUGAUUGAGCGCAAUGUUGAGCUGUUUUUCAGCGGUGUGGUGAAGCCCAUCUAUGAUGACACCACCGAUGUGUCCGUUGGCGUUCUGACAGCUCGCCUUGGGCCCAUUGACGUGUGGUGGACAGCUGGGUUUGACGGUGGUGAUUCCGCGCUCAUUGGCUUCUCAACAGCAUAUGCUGACUAUUACCUGACGGCUCCUUCAAAGGAGUACGAACACAUCAUGUCCCUGAUGGUGGAGAAAAUCUACAUGAGCAAGCUGGUCAUUGAGUUCCUGGAGGAGAACCCACAUGAAUCGUACGAGGAUCUUGUUGAUAUGAUCCAGUUUUCAACUCCUCCCAAGGGUUGCAACAAGUUCAGUGAAGACACUCUUCUCCGUCAUGCCCAGUUUGUCGUGGAGCAAGUGGAAAACUACGACACACCCGACGACGCUCAGGACAGCUACUUCGUCCUCUCGCCGUGCAUCCGCGCUCUCAUUCGUCUGGCUGGUGUUACUCUUGGUGGCAAAAGACGCGGUAUUCGUCGUCCACGUGCACCCCGUGCUCCCAGGCCCAAGAAGGAGAAGAAGAUUGCCAGUGCUUCGAUGGCUGUGACCACCCCAUUAGUCCGGAACAUUUUCGACGUAUUUUUCCAAGAUCAGAUCGACGGAAAGGUUGCUACCAGUGGUCGCCGUGAGCGCUGUAAUGUCUGUGAGGCAUGCCGUCAGUCUGACUGUGGCAAGUGUCCGCCUUGCCGGACUAUGACUAAGUUUGGUGGUGACGGCAAAUCGAAGCAGUGCUGUGUACAGCGACGAUGUCCGUACAUGGAGCUGAAAGCAGCAGAUGAAGACGAGGAUCUGGCAGAGCGUAAAGAGCAGGAUGGAGAGGACGUUUCUGACAAGGCUAAAUCCAAGCAGAAGCGCCCUGCCAAGCAGGCCAGGAGUGACCAGUCCGUUAUCAAGACGAAAGUCCAAUGGGUUGGUGAGCCAGCUAUCACGAAAGGAAAGAAGAAGUACUACAAGAAAGUUCUCAUCAAUGACGAAGAGAUCUGUGUCGGUGACUGUGUUGCCCUGUGUCCCGAGAACCCGACUGACCCUCACUACAUUGCCCUGGUGGCGUACAUGUGGGACAAUGAAGGCAGCAAGACGUUCCAUGCCGUGUGGCUUUCGCGUGGCUCGGAGAGCAUCCUUGGCGAGGCAGCAGAUCCCGGUGAGGUGUUCCUUGUAGAUCAGUGUGAUGACAAUCCACUGGGCUCAAUCCUGUUCAAGUGUGCUCUGGAACACCGGGCUCCGUCAGCUAACUGGCGCAUGGAGGGUGGCGAGGAAGAGGCUGCCGCUACUUCUGGUUAUGGUGAUAAGAAGUUCUUCUAUCAGAAGUGGUAUGACCUGGAAGCCGCUCGCUUUGAAGAUCCUCCCGCUGACAUGCUGGCCUUGCUGUCGAAGAGCAAUGCACGGCCAGAGUGUGUGGCAUGUACACGUCAAGCUGCGGAAGAGCAGCGCAAUGAGCCCACUCCUGGGAGUGAGAUCAAGUCGGAAGGAUCAACAUCAUUCUACUCCUCGUUUGCCUUCGAGGGAGACACGUACUCGGUCGGAUCUGGUGCAUACUUCUUGCCGACUGCUUUCUCGUUCAAGUACAAGGCCCCUGUCAAGAAGCCAGCCUUGCCCGUGAAGAAGGAAUCAGUCGACGAGGAGUUGUACCCCGAGUACUAUCGCAAGACCUGGGGGCACAUCAAGGGCAGCAACCUGGAGUCGCCGGAGCCAUUCAGGAUUGCUCGCAUCUUGCAGAUCUUCUCUCAGCCGGAUGUGGAUACAUUGCAAGUGCGAGUGCAGAAGUUCUACAGGCCGGAGAAUGCCAAGCUCUCUGAUGCUGAGCGCUUUGCUGCCGACUGGAACAUCCUAUACAGCAGUGUGGAAGAGUGUGUCGUGUCGGCAGCUGAUAUCCAAGGCUCUUGCAGUAUCUUGCAUUCUCAGACACUGACCGUACCGCUCUCUGACUACUCGGCCCGCUCCACCGAUAACUUCUACUUUGAAAAGGAAUUUGAUGGUACAACAAAGGAAAUAGCCGAUGCGCCCAAGGCACUCCCGGAGUCAGCUGACAAGACGUCUGAGAAGUCUGGCAAGGGAACAAAGGGACGCAAGAGUCGCACGUCCAGCAGCGGUGCAGACUUUGCAGCUGCCCUGUUAGCAGAGAGCGAACCAACUCCCUUCGAACCACUGCGCAGUUUGGACGUGUUUGCUGGUUGUGGAGGUCUGUCUGAAGGUUUCCACCAGUCCGGUAUUGCCAAAACAGUCUGGGCCAUUGAGAAGGAUGAGGCUGCUGCUGAGGCGUUCAAGCUGAAUAACAAGAAGUCAAUCGUCUUCACUGAUGACUGCAAUGAGCUACUUCGCCUUGUGAUGAGUGGCAGAACCGAAAACAAGUCUGGCCAGCCAUUGCCGCAGAAGGGUGAAGUUGACUUGCUUUGCGGCGGGCCACCAUGCCAGGGCUUCAGUGGCAUGAAUCGCUUCAACUCGCGCGAGUACUCACAGUUCAAGAAUUCCCUGGUCUCCUCAUACCUGAGCUACUGUGACUACUAUCGACCACGUUUCUUUGUGUUGGAGAAUGUACGCAACUUCGUGUCCUACAAACAGAACAUGGUGCUGAAGCUGACACUGCGCUGCCUCCUCAGAAUGGGAUAUCAGUGUACGUUUGGAAUCCUCCAGGCUGGCUCCUAUGGAGUCCCACAAACUCGCCGCAGAGCUAUCAUCAUGGCAGCAGCUCCUGGCGAGAAGCUUCCUCGUUACCCAGAGCCCACACACGUGUUCAGUCCCCGUGCAUGUCAGCUCAGUGUGAUGGUGGAUGAUAAGAAGUACUGUUCCAACAUCAGCCGUGCUGAGUCUGCACCGUACCACACUGUAACGGUACGCGAUGCCAUCUCCGACCUGCCAGCUGUUACCAGCGGUGCAAGCAAGCAACAGAUAACCUACAGUGCUGAGUCCAAGUCUCCAUUCCAGCGAGUGAUGAGAGGAGACAAAACCGAAGGCUCUGUCGGCGAUCACAUUUGCAAGGACAUGUCCGCACUAGUUGUUGCACGUAUGGAACUGAUUCCGACCACGCCAGGUGCUGAUUGGAGAGACUUGCCAAACAAGGUCAUCAAGCUCAAUGGCGAGAACAUUCCCAAGCUGCGCUACACGCAUCCAGAUCGGAAGAAUGGUCGCAGCUCGACCGGCGCCGUACGUGGUGUCUGCUCGUGUGCUAACGGCAAGGCCUGUGACCCAGCUGACCGCCAGUUCAACACGCUGGUGCCCUGGUGCCUGCCACACACUGGCAACCGGCACAAUCACUGGGCUGGCCUCUAUGGCCGCUUGGAGUGGGAUGGCUUCUUCAGUACUACUAUCACCAACCCUGAACCGAUGGGCAAACAGGGUCGUGUCCUGCAUCCAGAGCAGAACAGAGUGGUGACGGUGAGGGAGUGCGCUCGAUCGCAAGGCUUCCCGGAUUGGUUCCGAUUCUACGGCAACAUCCUCGACAGACAUCGCCAGGUUGGCAAUGCUGUACCACCUCCCAUGGCAGCGGCCAUCGGCAGGGAAAUCCUGCGUUCUGUACGCCAAUACUCGGCCGCCGCCGCUCAGCCUGUGUCACCACAGAAGAAGUGAUUGUGACGUUGCACCACAUUUUGACUGCUUUGGUUUGCCGGGUGCAAAUCGUACGGCCGUUCUGAUCUCAUUUCAAGUCUAUGCUACUACUAAGUCUUAUUUAUAAUGAGGAACUGAUGACACAGCCCUAGUCAUUACAUUCUAGAUACUACACAACAAUCAUGCUCACUCUUCACUGAAUACUGACGACGGAAAUAGUUGUCCAAAACCAGAGCUUCGUUCUGGCUGCACUUUGUCUUCCUUCCCCCUCAUGCCUCAGAUUAUUCCCAGAACUAGCUGAUUUAUCAUCAUGCAACUUCUCCGUGACCUUUGUCGAUGUACCUACCCCCUCCCUCUCUGGAUUUUUUUGUCAUGUAACUCUUAGUACAUCACUAAGGCCAAGGUGGAACUUGCAAAAAACACAUCCUUUUCUAUGUCAUUUUUUAAAUUUCAAAAGUUUUUUUUUAAAGUUUGUAUGCUGACAUUUGUUGCAAUGCAAAAAAAUAAAACAAGCAUAAUGUCACAUUCUCAAUAUAGCAAACGUUUUA